CCUCAGUAAACAUGGAGGGGCGGGCAGGGGGCGGGGCGCCUGUCAGCCGGCCUGCGCGUGCUGUGGGCCGGGUUCUAAUGCCGCGGCCGGACCCGUGCGUGGAGACCCCUCAGAAAAAGGGACCGAUGCUGAUCUCAGAAAGAACGACGGGACCUUCUUAGCUCUGGCUGAGUCACGGAGGUCACCCUGGACAAUGUCACUUGGAAAAGGAGGACUGUGAGACCUUGGCUGAGAACCAGGUUGUAGCCACUUGCCUGCCACUGCCCAGCUAAGCGUCAGCCCAGAGCCCAGGAGCAGCAAGUGACUACAGGUCAUAGACACAGUGAGGACAUGAGUGUGGGAGUGACCACCUCUGCUCCCCUCCCCCCAACCUCAGGCACACGCAUGGUCACGUCUGCCUUCUCCCUCGAGGACUACGUGGUCUUCGUCUUGCUGCUGGUUCUCUCCCUUGCCAUUGGGCUCUACCAUGCAUGUCGUGGCUGGGGUCAGCAUACCAUUGGCCAGCUGCUGAUGGCAGACCGCAAAAUGGGCUGCCUUCCUGUGGCGCUGUCCCUACUGGCCACCUUCCAGUCAGCUGUGGCCAUCCUGGGUGUGCCAUCUGAGAUCUACCGAUUUGGGACCCAGUAUUGGUUCCUGGGCUGCUCAUAUUUCCUGGGGCUGCUGAUUCCUGCACACAUCUUCAUCCCUACCUUCUACCGCCUGCAUCUCACUAGUGCCUAUGAGUACCUGGAGCUCCGAUUCAAUAAAACCGUGCGGGUGUGCGGGACCAUGACCUUCAUAUUUCAGAUGGUGAUCUACAUGGGGGUUGUGCUCUAUGCACCAUCAUUGGCCCUCAAUGCAGUGACUGGCUUUGAUCUGUGGCUGUCCGUGCUGACCCUAGGCAUUGUCUGCACUGUCUACACGGCUCUGGGUGGGCUGAAGGCAGUCAUCUGGACAGAUGUAUUCCAGACACUGGUCAUGUUCCUGGGGCAGCUGGCAGUUAUCAUCGUGGGGUCAGCCAAGGUGGGCGGCUUGGGGCGUGUGUGGGAUUUGGCUUCCCAGCACGGCCGCAUCUCUGGGAUUGAGCUAGAUCCGGACCCUUUUGUGCGGCACACUUUCUGGACCUUGGCCUUUGGGGGUGUUUUCAUGAUGCUCUCCUUGUAUGGGGUGAACCAGGCUCAGGUGCAACGCUACCUCAGCUCCCGCACAGAGAAGGCUGCUAUACUCUCCUGCUAUGCAGUCUUCCCUUGCCAGCAGGUGGUCCUCUGCAUGGGCUGCCUCAUUGGCCUGGUCAUGUUCGCCUACUACGAGGAGUAUCCCAAGAGCCUCCAGCAGCGUCAGGCAGCCCCUGACCAGCUCGUCCUGUAUUUUGUGAUGGAUCUCCUGAAAGACCUGCCAGGCCUGCCUGGACUCUUUGUUGCCUGCCUCUUCAGUGGCUCCCUCAGCACCAUAUCCUCUGCUUUUAAUUCGCUGGCAACUGUUACGAUGGAAGACCUGAUUCGACCCUGGUUCCCUGAGUUCUCUGAAGUCCGAGCCAUCAUGCUUUCCAGACUCCUUGCCUGUGGUUAUGGGCUGCUUUGUUUGGGAAUGGCCUACAUUUCUUCCCAGAUGGGACCUGUGCUGCAGGCAGCAAUCAGCAUCUUUGGCAUGGUCGGGGGACCGCUGCUCGGACUUUUCAGCCUAGGGAUGUUCUUUCCUUGUGCCAACCCUCCGGGUGCCAUUGUGGGCCUGCUGGCUGGACUCGUCAUGGCCUUCUGGAUUGGCAUUGGGAGCAUAGUGACCAGCACGCGCUCUAGCACGGCACCCUCACCCUGGAAUGAGUCCAGCACUUCCCUGCUCAGCAAUCUGACCACCGUCACCAUGACCACGCUGAUGCCCUCAACCACCCUCUCCAGGCCUGCAGGGCUACAGCGGCUUUAUUCCCUGUCAUAUUUAUGGUACAGCGCUCACAACUCCACUACAGUCAUUGUGGUGGGCCUGAUUGUCAGCCUGCUCACUGGGGGAAUGCGGGGCCGGACCCUGAACCCUCGGACCAUUUACCCAGUGUUGCCAAGACUCCUUGCCCUCCUGCCCGUGUCCUGGCAGAAGCAACUUCGCUUCAAAAGCUAUAGUCAGGACCUCUCUGUGGACACUGCAGUGUUUCCAGAGAAGAUGAGUAAUGGGAUGCUGAAGGGCAGCAGAGACAAGGAGGCCACGGCAGUGGCUGAGGAAGGCCCAGCCCACCAGGGGAGCAGCCCCACCUUCAUCCUGCAGGAGACCUCACUAUGAUCUGGACUCAGGAACCAGCCCCAGAGGCUACCCUGCAGCACAGGAAUGAGCCCCUUGUUAUGUUCUGCAGGGACAGAUGGGGGCUGAAUGACCAGAUGACCUAGCCCAACCAAAGGACCUUGUUCUUAGGGGUUCGUAGAACACUAGAAGCUGUCAGGUUGCGGGAGGUGUGAGGUUAGGACAGGAUUUUGCCAGAAAAGAGGAUAGAAGGGAAUUCUCUGGGAAAACAUCACCAAGUUCCUUUGAUUCAACAUCACCAAGCUCCUUUGAAGUGGAUAGAAACCACAGUGCUGGUUACAACUGCCGUGGGGCCUGAUUUGGCAAGAUUGACCGUCUCCACCAAAAACUCAAAGCUGCCUUGGCCAGCUGUAACUUCCCUUGCAGUCCCUUCUAAGCACAGAUUCUGUCAGCCACAAAGAGCCCCUGUGACUAGUACUUUCAGGUUGUCUGUGACACCCAAACCCCUCAUUCUUAUCUGCCUACCUCCAUUCUUGAGAGGAGGUUUUGGUGUCCCUGGGAGGCCUCUCGGAAUAGACAGGUACGUUCAUCUCCUUUGUGUAGAGUAAGGGGGAAGCUUUCCAUUCCACGUCCCUACCCUAAUGGGCACUUGGGGGUGGGGAUAUUGAUACAAGAAAACAGGGCAUGACCGGGUCCACUGUGGAGUGUGCCAUCUGACUCCUGAGCCAUACCACCUUAGUGUCAUUGUGUCAUUCGUGCUCCUGUUUUCUUUUGGAGUUUCUUCCUCAUAUCUUUGUUCCUAGGGAAUAAAAACUGUCACUGGAGCUAGAA